AUGAAUUACCGAACGAACGGGAUGGAAAGCAAACCGCUUCUGGAGUUAUUUCUCGUAUUUAGUUUAUUAAUAACCAAAGUGUCCGCUAAAACUGGAUUUGGACCCGGUGACCAAGAUUGGGGUUAUGUGGAUAUACGGCCGGGUGCCCACAUGUUCUAUUGGCUAUACUAUACCACAGCUGAUGUUGCGAACUAUACAGAACGCCCUCUUGCCAUAUGGUUGCAAGGUGGUCCCGGUCUUUCAUCAACUGGUCUUGGUAAUUUCGAUCAAUUAGGACCAAUCGAUAUGCACGGCAAUGAACGUAAUUGGACAUGGGUGAAACAAAUGAAUGUCCUCUUUAUUGAUAGUCCAUUUGGUAGUGGUUUCUCUUAUGUCGAUAAUAUCACCCUACUACCCUCUACAAAUAAUGAAAUUGCUCGGGAUUUGUUGGCAUUCAUAAAGGUGUUCUAUGAACGUCAUCGGGAAUUUGAAGAAGUGCCGUUGCAUAUAUUCACACAAAGUUAUGGUGGUAAAAUGGCACCGGAAUUCGCUUUGGAGUUAUAUAGGGCUAUAGAACGUGGUGAAGUGAGAAGUAAUUUGAAAUCUGUUGCCAUGGGUGGUCCAUGGACCUCACCAAUCGAUUCCAUAAUGGCAAGGGCGCCACUGCUAUUUCAUAUGGGACUGAUUGAUCGAAGGGCUCACAAUGAAAUAAUGGAACAGGCCCAGCAAGCAAUGAAAUAUGUAAACGAAGGAAAUCACGAAGCCAUGUUGCAAGAUUUUAUGCGAAGACGUGUCAGUCUAGCCCUAGGCAUACCACAACACAUUAAAUGGGGGCAACAUGAAGAGGAUAUUUUCUAUCAUCUAAAGGAGGAAAUUAUGAAGCCAGCUGUUCAUAUUGUUAGUGAACUUCUAAAUAAUACCAAUGUAAAAGUCAGCGUUUUUACGGGCCAAUUGGAUUUGAUUUGUGCCACUCCCGGUACCAUCAAUUGGAUAGAAAAAUUACAAUGGUCUCAUCGUGAGGAAUAUCUGAAAGCACCACGUCUACCCAUACGCAUUGAUGGCAGAAUUGAAGGUUAUGAAAAAAGUGGUGGUAAUUUUACACUAUUUUGGGUUAAUCAAGCCGGUCAUGUUGUACCGGCGGACAAUCCCCGGGCCAUGAAUUACAUUUUAAGGAAAUGUACAGAAUUGUAUUAA